AUGGUCCGUCUCGCAAUCUUGGCUACCAUCAUGGCUGUUGCCACCUCUGUACAGGGCGCUACUUGGUGCCAGUGUCUCUUUCCCGACAAGUCCCACUGCUGUGUUGCCACUGGAGGCGGUAGUUGCCAACAGAAGUGCUUGAAUGCUGGCAAGCCUAUCGAUGAUGGAUCUUUUACCAUCAAAAAGCAAAGGUGUAAUGCCGGAGGUGAUGGAUUUAGUAUCAGCCCAAUUACUGCCCAAGGACGCACUCAGUGCGAGACCAGGACUUAA